UAGCCGGAGGCGCGUAAUGGAAGCUCUAAGUGCUCGCAGCUCAUGAGGGGCUGUCGUAUUGGAGUAGCUUUUGAUUAAUUAAUUAGCUGCACACAAAAUGGACCAUAAAUCUCUUAGCGGCAAGACAGGGCGACCCCUUGGUCAAGGAGUCCUCUUGGCCAAGUCCGGCUAUAAAUGCCAGCGGCACAUGUCUAACGGUAAUUAGUUGCCCACUCAAGUGACCAUCAUGCACAUCACGGUUGUUUGCCUCGUAUUCACCUGGGGCCUGAGCCGCAGUCACGCAGCCACAACAAUCCUGCAUGGCAACGGACAGGUGGCCAGUGCCAUUUCCCACCAGAGCUUCACCAGAUUAUCCUCAGCGGAGCCACUAACACUGCAGUCCCGAAAGCAACCACAUCAGCUGCUCGUUCCCUCUGCCAGGAUUGUUAAUCAUCACCAGGCAGUGGAACGACAGCAGGUCGAGAGGUUCUUCCAGGCGGCGACGGCGCAGGCGGAGGAGGUGCCUGUCAUAUCUGGACAAACACCCGCCCAUCUCACCUACGCUGCCCAUCCUGUGGUGCACCAGAUGCUGCCAAGGAUUAAGCCAGUGCGAAACAUAAGCUACGCCUCCCUGAUCCCAGGACCUCGCAGCCUAAACACUCAUACGAAUCGGAAUUUGUCACCCGUUUGAGGUGCUGUCUACUGAAGUCUUGGAGAUAUAAAUUUAGAAACAAGUAAAUCAUAAGUUUUUACGGAUAACGCACAUCAUAGGUUUUAAUUAUAUGUUCCAAUUUAACUACUAAAACAUCAAGUAGUAACACUUAGCACUCACAUUCGACUCAAGUGCUCGUGAAUAAAACUCGAAUACUUUUUAUCAAGGUUCAACUUAUUUGGA